CGUUGAGCGCCGCAUUGCCGCACUGGAUGCCCCCCCAAACCCAUUCCGCCCGCCAUCGCCUAAGACUGCGUCGUCCUCCCGGCCCGCACCGCAACGUUCAGCGUCAACACCAGUGGGCCCUGUGGGGGUCGGUAGUGCCGGUAUGGUCUUUCCUUACUCGUUCUCUUACCCUUCCACAUCCCGCAAACUCAUUCUCUUCGCUGACCGAAGCACGCCCUGUCCCUCCGUUUUCCAUGCGCCCCGUUGUCCCCCGAUUUGCCCCUACCUCCCCACUUUACAGCAGCUCAUCGAGCAGCGAUCCCCCGGACGAAAGCUAUCUCCUUCCCGGCGCGAUUCCCGACACCGGCGACCCCUUCGCACGAUUUUGGGGUAUGCUCGAGAACAUGAUGGAGGAGAUCUCCAUCCCACGGGCGUUGACCACGGCGGUCACAUCUGCGACAGGGAGAGACGAUACCAAAAACAAAAGCAGGAGUAAGAAGGAGAAGGAACACAAGAUUGAGAAGGAAGAGCCACCAUCACCAUCUGAGUCGUUUUAUGUGGUACCAGACGAGAAGACGACGGACAAGACCCCAGAGGAGCUGGCACUCGAGAACGCUAGCUUACGAGCGUCGCUUGACGCACUCGCUGUACACGCGCACGCAGUUGAGAAAGAAAACCGCGAGCUCAAGAAGCGCACCGAGGAGCGGGAUGUUGCGCUCCGCAGCAUGGUCCUUGACGUGCAGAAGGAGGCUCGCAAGGCGCGCCAUCAUGAGGUACUGCGCUCACAGAUGAUCAUUCCAUCGGCGGAGCCACAGGGUGGCCAAACUGUGCUGCGAACUCGCAUCGCCGAGCUGGAAGAGGAGGUGCGGGCCGCCAACAAGAAGCUCGAGGAUAGUCGACAGGAGAAUGUUAAGCUGAAUGCGCAGCUGAACAAAUUCAAAGAAAAGGUGAUCAAUGCCGGAAUGGGCUGACUAUAGUGGGACAAGCUCAAGGCGAAGAAGGAGGCCAAGGCGCGAGCGCGCGAGGACGGGAAGCACUGAUCCAUCUUUUAUGCGGUUCGAUAUGCAGAGGUCGCCAUCGAUGUUGCAAUACUUAGGAGGUUGAAGUCGG